AUGCCGUCGUCCAAGGGAAAGCCGACAGAUCCCGAGCUGCGCGAGGAGCUCAAGGAAGGCAAGAGCCAAACAAAUCUGGAGGAGGCUUCGAAACUAGCCAAAGAGUAUGAGAAACAGGGAGGGGGGUACGAGAACGAGCCAGGGUCCAAGAAUGAGCCGAAGAAGGGGGAUCCAGAGCCCAAGAGCGAUAGCAAGAAGAAGAAAGAGACCGAGGACUGA